CGAGGAACCGUGCAGCCUGCAGGAAGCUUCAACGAUGACGGGGACGCGCAGGUGCUGAGGAAGGCGAUGAAAGGCCUGGGCACGGACGAAGGGGCCAUCAUCGAGGUGGUGACACAGAGGAGCAACGCCCAGAGGCAGCAGAUCCUCAAGGCUUACAAGGCUCACUAUGGCAGGGACCUGAUGGCAGACCUGAAAUCUGAGCUGUCGGGCAGCUUGGCCAAGCUGAUCCUCGGGCUCAUGCUGACGCCGGCGCAGUACGAUGCCAAGCAGCUGAGGAAGGCUGUGGAGGGGGCUGGCACUGAUGAGAGUGUUCUCAUUGAAAUCAUGGCCACACGGAACAACCAGGAGAUCAUGGCUAUCAACCAGGCCUAUGAGGAAGCCUACCACAAGCGCCUGGAAGAUGACCUGAGCUCUGACACAUCGGGGCAUUUCAAGAGGAUUCUUGUCUCCCUGGCUCUGGGCAACCGUGAUGAAGGACCAGAGAAUCUCACACAGGCACAUGAAGAUGCCAAGGUUGUUGCUGAGACCCUGAAACUUGCUGAUGUCUCCAGCAAUGACUCCAGUGACUCCCUGGAGACCCGCUUCCUCAGCAUCCUCUGCACCCGCAGCUACCCCCACCUCCGCAGAGUGUUUCAGGAGUUCAUCAAAAUGACCAACCACGACGUGGAGCAUGCCAUCAGGAAGCGGAUGUCGGGAGAUGUGAGGGACGCGUUCCUGGCCAUCGUCCGGAGUGUGAAGAACAAGCCAGCCUUCUUCGCUGACAAGCUCUACAAGUCCAUGAAGGGUGCUGGCACGGAUGAGAGGACCCUCACCCGGAUCAUGAUUUCCCGGAGUGAGAUCGACCUGUUGAACAUCCGGGGCGAGUUCAUAGACCUGUUCGACAAAUCACUGCACCACAUGAUCGAGAAGGACACCUCUGGUGACUACCGCAAGGCUCUGCUGGCCCUGUGUGGUGGGGAGGACUAGGUGGCCACGGAGGCCCCUUCUUCGUGUCUGAGCCAGCACGCACGCACCCACCGCCUUGAUGUCACUGCAGCUUUGGGGGCUUCAGGGGACGCUCGGUCCCCACGGAGGACAACUCACUUUGUGCUGGAAAGCAGCACCACAUUGCAAUCGGGGGAGUCUCUGGGAGGGGAGCAGGAGGGUCUGGGUAGGGGGAUUAUUGUCUGUCUUGGUGCAAAAUAAGUCAUACCCAAAUAUGUCACUAACCCAGGAAUUUACCCAGAUGGAAAAGACAAUUUUAAAUCUCAUGAAUAAAACCUUACUGUCGCUGA